CUCUGACACAAGAACUGGCUGAUAAAUUGGUAAAAAAAUAAGGUCAAAAUAACACUGGAGCAUCUACCUCCGGAAUUUGUUGAUAUUUAUAGUAGUAAAAACCUGUUUACAAAAAUGGGUCAAAUUUUGAAAUUUGCAUUUCUAAUCGGGUCCUUCUUACUGGGGAAGAGUAACUCGGUUAAUAAUGAAAUUACAAAUACCUGUUUCGAGUACGUGCUCAUUAAUUCUCCGGUAAGGUGGCUGAAUGCAUUCAACGUAUGCAACCAACUUGAAGGUCGUCUCGUCGCACCGAUGAAUCCUGAACUGGACGACAAUUUGAGAGAAUUUUUAGUCGUGCAAAAUUUUACCGGAAGAAUAUGGCUUGGUGCUCGUGUCACUGGAGGCAGAUGGAUCUGGGAAACAAACAAUGUUCCUAUGUCUUGGAGUAAUUUUAGGAACGAGGCAAAUUGCGAUUCCACCUCGGCCGAGGUUUGUCUGGAGGGAAGGACGCCGUCGGAAACGGAGCCAGGCUGGGACUGGUGUGGGAGGCAGUGUGACACAGAGUUGCCAUUCGUGUGUCAAUUUGAAUGUGAGGUCACCAUCACCACCCCCACGACGACAGUGGUUACCACGACGGCGAGACCGAUAAGCACCUCCACCACGACUGUGGUCCCGAUAAGUACUUCAAGCACGACCCCUGUGUCGAUAAGUACUUCAACCUCGGCGACAACGAUAAGUACCUCAACGACCCCUGUGCCGAUAAGCACGACCCCCACAACAAUCCAAACCACUUUGACCACCACAACUCUGACAACAACUCCGCCACCUUUUGCCCCAUACGUGCUUAUGAAUUCUACCAACAAUUGGCUAGCAGCGUUCGAGGAAUGUAAUAGACUUGGUGGUGGUCUUGUAACACCGAUGAAUCCAGAAUUGGACAAUAAAUUAAGGGAAUUCUUAAUCACUCAAGACUUUACGGGCACGCUUUGGCUUGGUGCCCGUGUAACGGACGGAAUUUGGAAAUGGGAAACGAAUAAUGUUCCCAUGUCGUGGAGUAAUUUCGAAAAUGGGCCAAAUUGUAGGGCACCUAAUGUAGAACACUGUUUGGAAGGAAGGAGAAACUUGACGUGGCGUUGGUGUGGGGUCCCAUGCACUGGAAUUUUAAAUUUUGUAUGUCAAUUUGACCCCGCUGUGACCACUCGUACGACGCCGAGUACGACGCCGAGUACAUUUCAGCCUGAACCGUCGUCCUCUGAGGGGAAAGGCUUGUCAGGGAGGAAUGAAUUAAAAUUUGUGCUGGCCGCAUUAUUAGUGCCAAUUUCUUGUUGGUUCAGUAUUAUGGACUUAUCGUAUUAAAUAUGUAAUCGUUAAAAACUUAGAGUAUUUAGUAAUAAUAACUAGAGUAGAAAAGUCCCCAAAAUCAACAACUUUUUCUGUUCCGAUACAGACAAUAAAACUACAUUUAAAAAACAGCAUUCUUCGGUGAGG